GAGUGGACAGAAUUGACAUCCUUGAAGAUCGACAGGCUCUCAUGGGCCCUUUUGGCUUUAAGAGCCAUGUUCUAGGAGUGGACAGAAUUGACACUGAGACCCAAGUGUCCUCAGAUCUUGUAGCUUUUUUUCAGGGUUCUGCAAGGGCUUCUGGGAAUGCCGCCAGCAAGAUGCUCCUGAUUGAUGGUUCUGAAGCCAAACUUCAGGGGCUCUUACAAUGUCUGUCAGCUUCAGCGUUGCUGUCUCUCGGGAUUGCUUUCAAUUUGUAUCAUCCUACAGCAGACUGUAAACCCGUCUGCCUCCCGUUGUCCAGGAGUUUAAUGCAGACCUCAGAGCAGCAGCAGAUUAGCGGCGUGCAUAAAGAAAAAGAUACUUGGGGACCGAAAGUGUCCUGGCUUUUUAGUCCCACAAGAAGUGAAAUAACAAGUCUAGAUAGUGGAAAUAUAGAUGACAUUUUAAACAAUGCAGAUGUUGCUUUAGUUAAUUUUUAUGCUGAUUGGUGCCGCUUCAGCCAAAUGCUGCAUCCUAUUUUUGAGGAAGCCUCUAAUGUAAUUAAAGAAGAAUAUCCAGAUAAGAAUCAAGUGGUGUUUGCUAGAGUAGACUGUGAUCAGCAUUCGGAUAUAGCUCAGAGAUACAGGAUAAGCAAAUAUCCAACUCUGAAACUCUUCCGGAAUGGAAUGAUGAUGAAGAGAGAAUACAGGGGCCAGAGAUCUGUGACAGCAAUCGCAGAUUACAUCAGGCAGCAGAAGAGUAACCCUAUUCGGGAGGUCCAGGACUUGGAAGAAAUCAGUUCUCUUGAUCGCAGCAGAAGAAACAUUGUUGGAUACUUUGAGCAAAAGGACUCUGACAAUUACAGAACCUUUGAAAGAGUAGCGAAUAUUUUGCAUGAUGAUUGUGUAUUCUUGUCUGCCUUUGGGUAA